AUGAUGCGUCGCGUUUGUUUGGCGGCCUGGUUUUUUUUUUAUCCUUUGCAGACGUUGGAGAUCUUGCCCCCUACUGUAAUCUAUCAUAUGAAGUAUUAUGAACCCGCCCCCAUGUUGAUUAAGAUUACCUUGAUAGGCUCCAACCAAUCCCGGCACUCCGAAGAGAGAAGAUCCGCUCGCUUCCUCACCUCACCCAGCUCACCUCACAAGGAUAAUAAAUUACUGUACGAGUACAAGUACAGUAUGUUGAACCUCACCGGUCAUCCAUCACCUAGCAAGGAUACCGCGCAAUUGUCACUCACACCUUCAUUCAACAGGAGCCAAGUCAUUACGGCACAAGUUGCCGGUAAGAUUACACUCCUCACCCGGCCCGGAACCAAAAUACUGUACGGUAGUCUUACGGUAUUGUUACAUACACAGUACCUACUGGCACGGUAA